AUGGGCCAUCCUCAGACCGGCAUUAUUCGGCCUGCUAUCAAUUCAAACAAACCCUGUUCAAGCCCCCGGGACGAAUACAUCUCGGCAGAAUCGUAAAUACUGCACGACCGUCUGUAGCUUGGCUGAGCUUUGUUGUCUACAAAGCCAGCUAACUAGCCAACUAGCCUACGUUUUGUUAUGAUGAGAAGCACAUGGGCUGAACGGCUCGAAAGCUACAUUUUAAUUAACCUACAUGGUAAGCUGAUUCACAUGACAGCUACUCUGGCUGCUGCUGCUGCUGCUGCUGCUUCCUCCAGUGAGACGAAGGGAGCGUUCCAAACCGGCUCAACGGCGGUUGCGUGCAAAAAGGCACGAACGCGGCGGAAGGCAGAACGUGGUGUGGUCGACGUAUCCAUGCGCUGUGAAUCAGCAGGAGAGUCGAUGAACUGGAACGCAACCAAUGAUCAACUGGAACGCGUGUUCCUUCGCCUGGGCCACGCAGAAACCGAUGAGCAGCUCCAGGACAUUAUCUCCAAGUUCCUACCCCCUGUGCUCCUCAAACUCUCCAGCGUCCAGGAGGGCGUGCGGAAGAAAGUGAUGGAGUUGUUGGUCCAUUUGAACAAGAGGAUAAAAAGCAGACCGAAGAUUCAGCUGCCAGUGGAAACUUUGCUGGUGCAGUACCAAGAUCCCGCAGCCGCCUCCUUUGUGACGAACUUCACCAUCAUCUACAUCAAAAUGGGCUACCCUCGCCUGGAGGUGGGAAAACAGUGCGAGCUGGCCCCCACCCUUCUCACUGCCAUGGAGGGCAAGCCUCAGCCACAGCAGGACAGCCUGAUGCACCUGCUGAUCCCCACUCUUUACCAUAUGAAGUAUCCUGCAGACACCUCCAAGAUCGUGUCUCCAUUCAACUUAUCAGAGAGGCCAAAGACUGUGCAGCUGCUGCUGGAGUUCAUGUUGGAUGUUUUACUGAUGCCUUACGGGUUUGUGCUGAAUGAAUCCCCGACUCGCCCUGCUCCCUCCUCCCAGGGAAGUCCUGCAGAGGGGACGUUGGCCGCGGGUGGCCAGGGUCUCCCUCAGCCUCCACCAGGGAUGAGUGUCUAUGCUGCCAAGAGGGUGAUUGGAGAGGCCCAGUGGAGCGCUGAGCAGCUAGAGCAGUGUAAAUUGGGGAUAGUGAAGUUCAUGGAGGCGAAGCAAAUCCCGGAGGUGGAGACCGUAGUGCACCUGGUGGUGGCAUCGAGCGACACCCGACAUGGUGUGGCCACUGCAGCUGAUCUGGAGCUGAAGAGCAAACAGAGCCUCAUCGAUUGGAACAAUCCUCUAAUUAUCAACAAGAUGUACAAGGUGUAUCUAGGGGACGUUCCUCUUAAAUCCAAGGGAGGCAAUGUGAAGCAAGAGUUGAAACACGAGCCAGUGAGCACCAGAGUCAAGCUGAAGAUCCUGCCACAUCUUCUGCGCUCCCGCCUCGCCGCAGAGUGCUUUCCAGCUAACAUCCAGGUUGUGUAUGAUGGUCUGUUUGGGUCAAACACCAACAACAAACUUCUGUCUCUCACCUUGCAGUUUGUCCAUCACAUCUGCAUGGUAUGUCCUGACACUAAUAAACCUUUGGGACUAAUGCUGCUUAAUGGUCUCACCAAGCUCAUCAAUGAAUACAAGGAGGAUCCUAAGUUACUAUGUCUUGCCUACUCUGCUGUUGGAAAGCUGUCAAGCCGCAUGCCGCAGCUGUUCACAAAGGAUAUUGCACUUGUGCAGCAGUUUUUUGAGUCCAUGUGCAAGGAGGAGUCUGACGUCCGUCUUGCCAUUCAGGAAGCUUUGUCCAUGAUGGUUGGUGCAUAUGCCAACCUGCAGGGGGCACUGCUGAACCUAAUGGAGGCCCUGGUGGCUGCAUACAUCGGAAAGCCGGAGGUGCAGGUUCGCCAGGUGGCCAUGAAGUUUGCCAGCACAGUGUUUGCUCCUGAUCACGUGCCAUCAAGAUACCUGCUGCUACUGGCAGCCGGAGACCCGAAGGAGGAGGUGUCCGGGGAGGCCCAGAAGGUGCUGAGAGUUUUUCUGAACAAGAACUCUGAGAAGGAGGGACCAAAGCAAAUGCCCUCCUUUCCGGACAUGGUGGCCUAUGUCCAGGAGAAGGCGGCUCAGAGGAUCAAGACUCCAGCUAAACACAGUGUUGGAACCUACACUAUUCCUUUCAACCCGUCUGCGUUUGGGGAGAUCGUGCUCUACCUAAGGAUGUGCUUGGCCCACAGCGCCGGGGUGACGCCCAUGUCGGCCCGUCUGACCGACAUGCAGGACGAUGCGCCGGCCAUCGGUCGGUACAUCCGCACGCUGCUGACCUCUGAGCCUCAGUCAAAGGGUUCGGAGGCGAACCCUGUCCAUGUCUACAUGGAACUGCUGCAGCAGCUGCUGUCUGCUGUCGGGGGAAUACCAGUCAUGUACUGUCUCCUGGAGGCGGUGUCUGUCAGCCCAGAGAUACUGGCUCCCAGAUUUAUUGAUAAAAUUGACUGGAUUAAAAGUCUGAUGAACACAAAUAAGGAGGACAUGAGGGAGCUCGCAGCCCAGCUGUAUGCGGUGGUGGUCUCCUCCAUGACUGGCAACGAGCUGCAAGCGGCUGUGCACAACCUGCUCAAAAUCACCAAGGACAACCAUAGUCCUGAGACUCAGCACGGUGCCAUCCUGGCUCUCGGCUACAUGGUGGGGAGGUACAUGAGCAAGAAAAAAGCUGCCGCCUCUGAAGACUCUACGCACGGCAUGGAGCAGCAAAUGAGUAUCACCUCCCAAGGAGAUGAUGAACUUGUUGCCAUGGCCACCAAGUCAAUUGGUUCCUUCCUGGACAGCAGUAGUGCGCUGCUGGCUGUGGCAGCGUGCACAGCUCUGGGGGAAAUUGGCCGCAACGGCCCCCUUUUGAUCCCUGCAGAUGGGGCGGGCUUCACCAAACUGUCGGCCACAGAAAACCUGCUUGCUCGCAUCCCCUCUGGCAAGGAGAGCAUGAAGAUGAAGGAGCGAGCGAUCCAGACCUUGGGUUACCUUCCUGUGGGAGAUGGCGACUUCCCUCACCAGAAGAAGCUGUUGCAGGGUCUCAUGGACUCUGUGGAGGCCAAACAAGUGGAGCUGCAGUUUACAGUCGGAGAGGCUAUAACCAGUGUUGCAAUAGGCACCAGCUCAGGAGCUGCCAGAGACCCAUGGACCUGCACUGAGGACCAGUACAGCCCGCCACAAAAUGUGAAAAAUAACGAUGUGGUUCCCAUGGUCCUCAAGUCCAUCCUGGCCAGGUACAUACCCAGCCAGAACCCCCAUGUCCGACAGGCGGCCUGCAUAUGGCUGCUGUCUCUGGUCAAGAAACUCGGCCAACACAAGGAAAUCACGUCCCAUUUGAAGGAGAUUCAGGUGGCGUUCAUCUCGGUUCUCUCGGACCCCGACGAGCUGAGUCAGGAUGUGGCGUCCAAAGGCCUGGGCCUCGUCUAUGAGAUGGGAGGAGAGGUUGACCAGCAAGAGCUGGUGUCCACCCUGGUGGAAACGCUCAUGACUGGCAAAAGAGUGAAACAUGCCGUUUCAGAAGACACCGAGGUGUUCCAAGGAGAAGGUUUGGGGAAAACUCCGGAUGGUCACGGCCUGACCACAUACAAGGAGCUCUGCUCGCUGGCCAGCGAUCUGAACCAGCCGGAUCUGGUCUACAAGUUCAUGAACCUGGCCAAUCAUCAUGCCAUGUGGAACUCCCGCAAGGGGGCAGCGUUCGGUUUCCACAUGAUCGCCUCCAAGGCCGGGGAGCAGCUGGCCCCGUUCCUUCCCCAGAUCGUGCCCCGCCUGUACCGCUACCAGUUUGACCCCAACCUGAGCAUUCGUCAGGCCAUGACCAGCAUCUGGGACGCCUUGGUCACUGAUAAGACCACGGUGGAUAAGUAUCUGAAGGAGAUCCUGCAGGAUGUCAUUUCCAACUUGACCAGUAACACCUGGAGAGUCCGCGAGUCCAGCUGUCUCGCCCUGAAUGACCUGAUUCGCGGCCGCCAAACUGACGACCUCAUCGAUCACCUGGCAGAAAUGUGGGAGACACUGUUCAGAGUCCUUGACGACAUUAAGGAGUCUGUGAGGAAAGCAGCAGACCUGACGCUGAAGACACUCAGCAAGGUGUGCACUCGCAUGUGCGAGUCCACAGGCUCGGCGGCCCAGAGAACUGUGGCGGUGCUGUUGCCCACGCUGCUUGAAAAGGGCAUCGUCAGCAAUGUCUCGGAGGUCCGCUCCCUAAGUAUCCAGACCCUGGUCAAGGUCAGUAAGACGGCGGGUGCCCGACUAAAGCCUCACGCCUCCCGGUUGAUCCCGGCCCUGCUGGAGGCCUUAAGCACCCUGGAGCCUCAGGUCCUCAACUACCUCAGUCUCAGAGCCACAGAGCAGGAGAAGAGUGCCAUGGACGCCGCCAGGCUGAGUGCCGCCAAGUCCUCUCCGAUGAUGGAGACCGUUAACAUGUGUCUGCAGCACCUCGACGUUUCCGUGUUGGGCGAGCUGAUUCCCAGGCUCUGUGAACUGCUCAAGAGUGGAAUCGGCUUGGGCACCAAGGGAGGCUGUGCCAGUGUAAUUGUCUCGCUCACGGUGCAGUGCCCCCAGGACCUCACCCCGUACUCGGGUAAACUGAUGAGUGCCCUGCUGAACGGCAUCCAUGACAGAAGCACUGUCGUACAGAAAGCCUUUGCCUUUGCUUUGGGACACCUGGUCAGGACAGCAAAAGACAGCAGUGUAGAGAAACUUCUACUGAAGCUCAACGGCUGGUACUUGGAGAAGGAAGAGCUGGUGUACAAGUCGUCAUGCGUGUUGACCGUGCACGCCAUCAGCCACUACAGCCCUGACGUGCUGAAGGGCCACGCAGGCGUCGCUCUGCCGCUGGCCUUCCUGGGAAUGCAUCAGGCACCGGGACCCGAUGAGGAGAAAGGAGAGGGCCACGACGCGGCGCUGUGGGCCGAGGUGUGGCAGGACAACGUCCCAGGGAGCUUUGGAGGCAUCAGGCUCUACAUGACAGAGCUGAUCGCCAUCACGCAGAAGGCACUUCAGUCUCAGUCCUGGAAGAUGAAGGCUCAGGGUGCGGCUGCCAUGGCAACCGUUGCCAAGGAACAGACGGGCUCGUUGGUGGCGCCGCACCUCGGCAUGGUGCUAACGGCUUUAAUGCAGGGGCUGUCCGGACGCACGUGGGCUGGCAAGGAGGAGCUAUUGAAAGCCAUUGGAUCAGUAGUCUCCAAAUGCAGCACGGAGCUGAAGAAGCCCUGCGCGGGCCAGCCCACCAUCUCCGAGGUGCUGGAGGUCGUGUUGAAGGAAUGCCGUAAGGAGAGUCUGGUGUACAAGAUGGCCGCUCUGCGCUGCGCCGGGGACGUGCUCCACAGCAGCCAGGAGGACCGAUUCAGCGACAUGGCCGAGAUCCUGUUCCCCCUCAUCAAAAAGAACUGCCCAGAGAGCGGCGGCGCCUCAAAGAGGUCGCUGGAGGACGACGACCGAGACGUGAAGGAGAAGGAGCUGCAGACGGAGGCCCUGCUCUGCGCUUUCGAGACUCUUGGGAAGGCCUGGCCCCGAAACCCUCAGACUCAGGCUUGUUUCCAGGUGGCGGUGUGCAGCCUAAUGUGCGAGAAGCUCAAGCUGAGCACCUGGAGGGUCCAGCUCGCUGUGCUACAGUCCAUGAAGGCGUACUUCAAGGGGUUGCUGCUGCUCGAGAAGGGCCGCGAAGACUUGGCCGCGUUGUCGCCGAUCCUCGAGGAGACCUGCGCCGCUCUCACUCACCCUUUAGAAAACAAAAGUUACUCCUCCGUGAGGACCGAGGCCUUGUCGGUGGUGGAGCUGAUCGUGAAGAGAACCGGAGAGAGCGAACAGUGGGACUGCGUGUCCGUGAAGAGCCGCGAGCAGCUGCAGCGCUCCCUGUCAACACUGCAGGCCGACAGCAGACCUGACCUGAGGGACAAGGCCCAGGAGCUACGCAGGCACAUCCAGAGCCAACCCUGAGCAUAUGUACACACACACACACACACACAGCUCACCAUGCCAGCCAGAUACUCGCAGUUAUAAACAAAAUAAUACAACCAAAUAGAGCAUCAACUCCUUUUUGUUUUUUACUUUAUCAGUCAAACAAAAAGCAUCACACACUGUCCAGCGUCUUUUGAUGCAGUGAUCAUCUUUUAAAACGGAUAUUCACUAAACCUCAAGUCAUUGCAUCGCUUCUCCAUAUAACCCUGUGAGCUGCUCCGCUCAAGCUGACACACACACACACACACUUGUGGCUGACGGAGUGUUUGAAGAGGGAUCACGGUCACUCGCGGCCGUUAUUGCAACGUGUCAAUUUUUAUUUGGUUUGUUUAAAUGGACAGUAACAUGAUAUAAAUAAAUGCUAUAUAAACUGAUGUAUUGGGUUUGCGGACACUGUAUAUCUAAAGCCCCAAAUCGGGGACUUUUACUACUGUUGUGGGUUUGCCUACUCAUUAACUAUCAGAACCGCAGGUUGUACACCCUCGUCCGCUCGUCAAGGGUUUGGCCACCAGAGGUAGAAGAGCAGCGACCCCGGAGUGUAGCUGUCCAGCUCCUGUUAGCAAGACAACAGGCCCGUUUAGUGAGGGCCUGAGAAAGAAAGGAAAAAAAUGUUCAGUUGAAAGUGAUGCUAUAGUUGUUUGAAUUUGUCUCUGAUUAAAAAAAAUUAAACUACCGUGACAAUUUU